AUGAUACCAUUUCUUGCUAAACAACAAGUCCAUGAAACCGUCGAUAAGGAGGUGGAAAAAUCGCAAAAAGAUUUGAAAAAUUCAAAGCAGAACUCACCACCACCACCACGUCCAUCUCCACCACUUUUCGCAACUAAACCACCGCCACCACCUCCUCUUGGCUCGGGAAGACUCAAUACAUCGAAACUGAAGAGAUCGUCCCAAAUUGGAAAUCUUUAUCGUCUUCUCAAAGAAACGAUUGAAGGGCCGAGUCUAGAUGGUAAAUCAUCUAGAGGAAGGAAGGGAAAGAGCAUUGGUUCUUCAAAUGGAGGAGGUAAAUCAAGCAUGGCUGAUGCAUUAGCUGAGAUGACAAAAAGAUCGUCAUAUUUCCAGCAAAUCGAAGAAGAUGUGAAGAACUACACAAACACAAUCAACCAACUUAACAUCCAAAUUGUCAGUUUCCAUUCGAAAGACAUGACAGAGCUUCUCAACUUUCAUCGCCACGUUGAGUCAUGUCUUGAGAAGCUAUCCGACGAAACUCAGGUUCUGUCGAGAUUCGAAGGUUUUCCUGUAAAGAAACUCGAGGGAAUAAGAAUGGCAUCCGCUUUACAAUCUAAGCUAGAUGGGUAUGUGAAUACUCUAACAAAUUGGAAAACAGAGCCUCCUCUGAAUCAACUUCUUGACAAGGCUGACAAAUACUUCAACAAGAUGAAGGUAGAAUUUGAAGCAUUGGAAAGAAAUAAAGAAGAAGAAGUGAAGAAAUUCAAAAGCCAUAAGAUCAAUUUUGAUUUCAGCAUUCUUAUAAAGAUCAAAGAGUUGAUGGUUGAUGUUUCCUCUAGCUGCAUUGAAUUGGCACUUCGGGACAAGAGAGAAAUGAAGAAAAUGGGGAGUGAUGAAGCAAGAUCAGGACUGAAAGGUAACAAUGAUGAUGUGAAUAUGCUUUGGAAAGCUUUUCAAUUUGCGUUUCGAGUAUAUACGUUUGCGGGUGGACACGAUGAUCGUGCUGAAAAGCUGACUCGAGAACUAGCGAAUGAAAUCCAAGAUCAAACAUGUAAUUCUAAAUAGCUAUUUCAAUUCAACAUGUACAAAUGAAGAU